ACAUAGAAUCCAUACUUGCAUUAUUCAGCCCUUUUCCUCCUUCCCUCUCUCUUCCCUGCUUUGUAGAAACAUAACCUAUUGCACAUUGGCACCUUGCUUUUUGCUGGUUGUAUAUUAUUUACUAAAAGCGUUUGCCCUCAGGAUAAACCUUGAAAAGUUGCUUAAAAAAAGUUAUUUGCUUGAUAAUUAAGUCCUGAAACCCAUCGUUUAAUGAUUAUUCUGGACCCAUAAGGCAGAGAACGUCCAUGACGUUUUUUCCCUAAGUUUAAUUACCGUAUGCUAAUUUCCUUGCCUACUACGUGAUUAAUUAAAAUCAUAUUUUCAUAAUCAUUUGGCACUAGUAUUGUUUUAGAAUUAUCAUGAUCCCCUAAAUAGUGUCUGUAAAUAAAGUCGGCUCUCAUGGAAAGAGAAUGGGAAGGCGAUGCUGAAGACCUUUAUGUGUUUGUAUCUAUGCGAUUGGUAACAUAACUGGCUUAUUUACAUUAAAUACGCCACAAGGUUAGAGCGCGGAUCAACGUCACUUUAUCGCUGAUUACUUCUCUUAAACGCCGGAGCUGUGACUGAUGCUGCACGUCCCGCUGUCCACCAAGAUUCACCGGGGAGUUUUUUUUUUUUUUUUUUUUUUUAAAAGAGACAGACUUUAAAUAGUUUCAGAAGCAGGUCUUAUUUUUACAGUUCCUGACCAUCAGUCUCUACUCCACAUCUUUAAGAAAUUCCCUCAAUCAAGAGCGAGGUCCAUUGCUUUAAGGAUAAUCUGGGAACCGGGACGCACCUCUGGCAAUCUGUCAGUGCCUAGAUCAGCUGCAUCCUUUCAGGAGGGACUCUCUCACGAGGCUGACGAUCCUUAAGACAAGUAUGCAGUUAAGUUGCUAAGGGAUGGAGGAAGCUAGUUUGUGCCUUGGAGUUUCUUCGGCUGUCCCAGAGGCUGAGGCCCAUCUUAACAGCACGAUCCUUAAUGGUCAGUAUUCAAUGAGCCAGAAGCUGCACCAGAUAACAUCUCAGCUCAGCCAUGCUUUCCCGGAGCUCCAGACCAGGCCGAACUCUGAAGAGAAGGCCCCCGCACCCCUCGAAGAGAAGAGCCACGUGUCCAUGGGAGGCCAGCCGAUUGGCAGCCAGAUGGCUCUCUUGGCCAAUCAGCUCAACCGAGAUGUGGACACCAGUCUGAAUGGAAGGGUGGACCUGCAGCAGUUCCUGAAUGGCCAGAACCUCGGCAUUAUGUCCCAGAUGAGUGAUAUUGAGGACGACGCAAGGAAGAAUCGGAAAUACCCCUGCCCCCUGUGCGGGAAGCGAUUCCGAUUCAAUAGCAUCCUUUCCCUGCACAUGCGUACACACACUGGCGAGAAGCCCUUCAAGUGUCCCUACUGUGACCACCGGGCCGCCCAAAAGGGGAAUCUGAAAAUUCACCUGAGGACCCACAAGCUUGGAAACCUGGGCAAAGGCCGUGGGAGGGUCCGCGAGGAGAAUCGCCUGCUUCAUGAGCUCGAAGAAAGAGCCAUCCUGAGGGACAAACAGAUGAAGGGCAGCCUCCUGCAGCCGCGGCCCGACGUCAAGCCUCCGCCGCAUUCCCAGCAGCCCCCUCUGGCCAACUGCAACUUGUCUUUGCCCGUGAACCAUAACGUCCCUGACAUCUCCAACCCGGUGCCCUCCCCCAAGCCAGCCAGUGUCCAAGAAGACAUGGUGGUCCCCACGGCGGGCUUCCGCUGCACCUUUUGCAAGGGGAAGUUCAAGAAACGCGAAGAAUUGGACCGUCACAUCCGGAUCCUUCACAAACCCUACAAGUGUACCCUGUGUGACUUUGCAGCCUCCCAGGAGGAGGAGCUGAUCAGUCACGUAGAGAAGGCUCACAUCACUGCGGAGUCAGCCCAAGGCCAGGGCUCCAACGGAAGCGGGGAGCAGUCAGCCAAUGAGUUCCGCUGCGAAGUCUGCGGCCAGGUGUUCAGUCAGGCCUGGUUUCUCAAGGGCCACAUGAGAAAACACAAGGAUUCUUUUGAGCACUGCUGUCAGAUCUGUGGGAGGCGCUUCAAGGAGCCCUGGUUCCUCAAAAAUCACAUGAAGGUCCACCUCAACAAGCUUUCCGUCAAGAACAAGUCUCCCAGUGACCCUGAGGUACCUGUUCCCAUGGGAGGUAUGUCCCAGGAGGCCCAUGCCAACCUGUAUUCUCGGUACCUCUCCUGUUUGCAGAGCGGCUUCAUGCCCCCAGACAAAUCCAGCCUGAGUGAACCUAAUCAGCUCUACAGCAAAGGGGACCUGCCUAUGAAGGAGAAGGAGGUUCUGGGGAAGCUGCUGUCCCCCAUCUCGGGCAUGGGCCACAGCCUCGGCGAAGGGGACAAACAUUCCCUCUUGGGUUGCCUCAACCUGGUGCCUCCACUAAAGUCCAGCUGCAUAGAACGUUUGCAGGCAGCUGCCAAAGCAGCCGAGAUGGACCCCGUGAAUAGCUAUCAGGCCUGGCAGCUCAUGGCAAGAGGGAUGGCCAUGGAACAUGGCUUCUUGUCUAAAGAGCAGCAGAUACAGCGCAACCAUGAAGAUACUUUGGCAAAUGCUGGAGUUCUGUUUGAUAAGGAGAAGCGGGAGUAUGUGUUAGUAGGAACAGAUGGCUCCAAGCAGAAAAUGCCUGCUGAUUUGGUUCACAGCACUAAAAUGGGCAAUCAAAGAGACCUGCCAAAUAAACUAGACCCUUUAGAAGGCAGUAGAGAUUUUUUGUCACAUGGUCUCAACCAGGGACUUGAUUACAACAUGCAAAGUCAUGGAAACAUGAAGGAGAAGCCCACUGAGUGCCCAGACUGUGGCCGAGUGUUCCGAACCUAUCACCAGGUUGUCGUCCACUCCCGAGUCCACAAGAGGGACAGGAAAGCUGAAGAAGAGGUCCUCCAAGGGUGCCUGGAGGAGCGACGGGGUUCUGGAAGUGACCAGGAAUCCCAGUCAGUGAGCCGGUCCACCACACCGGGAUCUUCCAAUGUUACCGAGGAGAGUGGGCUCGGUGGGGGCCUUUCCCAGACUGGAAGUGCUCAGGAAGACAGUCCACACCCUUCAUCACCAUCUUCCUCAGACAUUGGUGAAGAGGCUGGAAGAUCUGUCGGAGUCCAGCCACCAGCUCUGCUAAGAGAUAGGAGUCUUGGAUCGGCAAUGAAGGACUGCCCUUAUUGUGGGAAAACAUUCCGAACAUCCCACCAUUUAAAGGUGCAUCUGAGAAUACAUACAGGUGAGAAACCCUACAAAUGCCCCCAUUGUGAUUAUGCUGGUACUCAGUCUGCAUCCUUAAAGUACCACUUAGAACGACAUCAUCGGGAACGACAAAACGGUGCUGGGCCACUCUCUGGGCAGCCUCCAAGCCAGGAUCAUAAGGAUGAGACAACGAGCAAAGCAUCUCUGUUUAUCAGGCCGGACAUUCUGAGGGGAGCCUUUAAGGGUCUCCCAGGGAUUGACUUCAGAGGUGGCUCUGUCUCUCAGCAAUGGACAUCAGGAAUGCUUUCAUCUGGGGACCAUUCAGGGCAGGCUGUCGGCAUGACUUCUGAGACUUCUUCAGAGACUCUGAAGGGCUCUGACUUACCUUCCAAAGGUACACACUUUUCUGAAAUUGGACGAGCCUAUCAGAGCAUCGUAGGCAAUGGGGUUAACUUCCAAGGCUCUUUGCAAGCUUUCAUGGAUAGCUUUGUCUUGAGCUCUUUGAAGAAAGAGAAGGAAGUAAAGGACAAAGCCCUCUCAGAUCCACUUUCCAUGAAACUCCAUGGACCAGAUGGUGGUGAGGAAAAAAAUAGUGGAAAAUCCUCCCAGAGGAAAUCAGAGAAAUCUCAAUAUGAACCCCUGGAUUUGUCUGUAAGACCAGAUGCAGCUUCUCUCCCGGGCUCUUCGGUGACUGUCCAAGAUAACAUUGCAUGGCACGGCUGCUUAUUUUGUUCUUUUACGACUUCAUCAAUGGAAUUGAUGGCCCUUCAUCUCCAGGCCAAUCACUUGGGCAAAACUAGACGCAAAGACAGUGCUUUGCUAGCUACAGGAAAUGGCAAGGACCAAGCCAGGGAAGUGAGCAAAACUGGCUUGCUCCCUUCUACCGUACAAUCUAGCAAAGAGGUAGGAAUCCCCAACAUGAUGGCCCACCUUGACUCUACUUCUGAGAAGAUGGCCCCAGGUCAUGGCAAAGAGAUUUUGGGAGAACAAAAGAACUCGGCCUGGGCUGGCCACAUGGACCCGCCAUUUUGCAACUUUACUUCAGACUUCUACAAACAAUUUGGGGUUUACCCGGGAGUCAUGGGCUCAGGGUCCUCCUGUGCUAACAGUGAGCCCGAAGGCAAAGCACAGCUUCAAGACGACCCAACAAUCCUGCUCCCCGAGUCUGCGAACAAAAAUGCUAUUGACGAACUGUCUGAUAUUGCUUCAUCUGAAGACAUGGAGUCUUCCAAGGAGGAAAACAAUGAAGAGGAGGAUAUUGAGACAGAACCCGAAAUCAUGAGCAAACCACUGUCAGUCCUUCACAAGGAGAGCGGCAGCGACGCAGGGGACAGCCUCCACAACCCCAUUGCCUCCCAGCCGGCCCAGGGACUUGUCUCACCUUUGUCCCAAACGUCUGAGAAGCCAUGGCAUGGCCCAAAUCUUCUUCCAUCCCAUGACACCUCCCCAGGGGUGAUGAAAGCAGAACAGAUCCCAGGUCCCCAGGUCCUGGAGAAGCAGAUGAACAUGUUGUCAGUCCUAAGAGCCUAUAGCUCUGAAGGCUUAGCAGCCUUUAAUGGACUUUCCAGUAGCACAGCAAGUAGUGGAUGUGUCAAGAGACCAGACUUGUGUGGUCACAGGCCUUUCCAGUGCAGAUAUUGUCCAUACAGUGCCUCUCAGAAGGGAAACCUGAAGACCCAUGUUCUUUGUGUCCAUCGCAUGCCUUUUGACAACAGCCAGUAUCCCGAUCGCAGGUUCAAGCGCUCCAGAGUUGACUCCGAGGCUUCUGGGAAUUUAGAGGAACCUGCAGCUGUCAGACCCGGGAGCUCAGCAGAGCUAACGGAGGUGGGCAGCAAGACCCAGGAGUAACAGGAGUAACAGCUGAACAAGUCUAUCUGUAUAUUGCAAUAUUAUUUUACAGUCUUUAGAUAGGCAUUUGGUGAGAGAGUUUGCUAACUGCAUUCUGAGAAAAAUAAAGAGUUGUAUACAGUUCUCCCCUUACCCCCAGUAGUGUACAGGAUGUUUAAAACAUUUAAAAUAUAUCUAUAUCUAUAUAUAUAUAUAAAAUUUCCCCAGCCCUUGAAAAUGGCUGCUAAACUGUUACCUGGCAACAAAUGCUUCCAAACAACGCAGGUGGGAUAAUAAAGUGAUUUCAAAAAUGUGAGGAGGUCGUUAGUACUCUAAAAAAAAAAAAAAAGAAAGAAAAAAAGAAAGAAAGAAAAAGCAGGGGGCACUUCAAACUCUAAAGUGGUCUUUGUCCAAAAAUAACGCUCUUAACCGAAAAAUGAUACCAUCUCCAUGAUUUAGUGUUGCCUCCGAAGAUUGAGAGGCUGCGUCUUCAUUGUUGAAAACACCUUUAUAAUAUGAUACUGGCGGCUGUCAUUGGCCCAGCAUAGUAAUGAGAUGGCUUGGUACGCUAGCUACCAUGGUGCCAGUCAGACUGGGGCUGUCACUGCAGAGAAAAUCAAUGGGAGUGGUGUUGUAACUGCACUGGAGGAGAAAUCUUAGCCGGCCCCUAACGAGGGUCAGGACUGACUGAUAUUGGAAAAGAUUGUGAUAUUACAUUUUCAUUUUUUAAAAAUACACAGCCGAAUGAAUCAAUGGUCAGGAAGGAUGUUGUGGACACAUGUCCAUUGCAGAUUUGAUGAGUGAUUCCUUUUUUCAGCUCAAAUGGCAGUAUUGAGGGAAAUGCUUUUAAUCUGGGUCCUUUUUAUUUUUAUUUUUGGAUGAAGAAGUAGGUAUAUACUAAAGAAAUCUAGGGGUAUAUGAUAUAUCAUUAUUGUUUAGCCGAAGAAGUCAGCCUUAUCGGUAGAAGGUGCUAGUGAGAAAUCAAAUUUUAUGUUACUAGAGAGGGUUUAAAAUUUUUUUUAAGUUUUAAUUUUUUUUACUUGAAUGAAGGAUUUUCUAAUCCUGGUUAAGUUUUUCAUCUGUUAGUUUUUAUAAGUGUGACAGACACAGGGCAGGAGUAUCUUCUAGAAUGGGCUCUUAUAAAGCAGCUUGAGCUAAAAUAUGAAUUCCAACAACCUGUGCUUUGUCUCUAAUGAAGAAAGUGUUUGAGCUAUUAUUUUUAUUGUGAUUUUUUUAUAUAAAACAAAUGUCUUAUGCU